AUGUUCCUGUUGAGCUUCCUGGUCACCGCUGUCGGCCUCGGUGUCGUGGUUUUGGUCUUGCGGGCCAUUUACUAUAACCUGGUCUCACCCAUCAAUGGGAUCCCUGGGCCUCUGCCGGCCAAGUAUACUGACCUCUGGCGAUUAUUUGAUUUCUACAAUGGUACCCAGAUUGAAACGCAGCGGAGACUACACGAAAGGUUCGGGACUGCGACUGAUUUCUACAGUGUCAACGAUGCCAUGCAAGACGGCCGUAGGAUACAGAACGUUUUCAGCACAAGAGACAAGGAGUUUCAUGCGAAGUAUAUGCGACCAAUCCACAAUCUUUUCUCGCUUCGGGGCAUUUUAUCUUUUGAACAUCUCUCCGAUAAGACUCUACUGAACCUCUGCCAGCAGCUCGAAAGUCGUUUCGUGGAUGGCGACAAUGCCGGCAGGACGUGCGACAUUGCCGACUGGAUAGAGUUCUUUUGCUGGGAUGUUGACGGAGAGAUGACGUUCGGCCAGGACAUGGGCUUCUUGGAGGCGGGAAAAGAUGAAAAAGGUAUGAUCCACACCUCGGAACAGUGCCAACGGUACUUUGGAAUCGUUGGACAAAUGCCAUGGUUGGAUAUGUGGUUAGGCAAAAACCCACGAUGCUCUAUUAUGUUCCCAACGUUUGCACAGGCCGCUGGCUACUGUGUGCAACGAUUACUGGAACGUCAAUCAUCUCAAAGGCCAAAGGACAUCCUGGAGGACUUCAUGGAUUACUAUAUUCAAGCAAAAACUCUCAACCCCGGGGUUGUUACGGAUCAUGAAGUGAUCGGUUAUUUGAUUCUUAACGUCCUCGCAGGGGCCGAUACUACCGCCAUAGUUACGAAGGUCAUUGUAUAUAACGUGCUAUCGAACCCUGCCAUCUACGGUCGACUUCGCGCUGAGCUUGACGCCGCCACUUUGUCGUACCCGGCAACAUAUGAAGAAGUUCAUGGCCUGAAAUAUCUUGACGCAGUAAUGAAGGAAGGGAUGCGCAUACAUCCUGUGUUAGGGAAUAUGUUGGAGCGCAUAGUUCCCGAGGGUGGAUUAACACUCUCCGAUGGUCGUAUAAUUGCACCGGGCGUCUUUGUCGGGAUGAACCCUUGGCUCCUGCACCAUAACAAGGACGUCUAUGGUCAGGAUGUUGGCGCGUUCCGACCGGAGAGAUGGCUCCGUCAUGAGUUCGAGACCCAGGAGGCCUACGAGAUUCGAUUGAAACGUAUGAAAGACACGGACCUCACCUUCGGCGCUGGAAGCCGGAUUUGCGUCGGUAAAAACUUUGCGCAAGUGGAGCUGGUCAAGACAGUUGCGACACUCUUCCAUCGGUAUGAUAUGGAGUUGGUGCCCGGCGUCAAGCAGUGGACUCCACGAUGGUGGUGGUUUACCUAUGUGGAUCAUAUACGUGUCAGGCUUCGACGUCGUACCAGUUCGGGUGGCUAA